UCUGGAGUGUCUUAGGACUAUUCCUUCUUUCUCUUGCAUACCACAGUCUAGUAUUUACUCUAUAUUUAACUUGUGCUCGCCCAUCUGAGAGAUUCUAGCCUAUACCAUGAUUGAUGACGAGUUGUCUGCCUUGGUAGUGGAUAAUGGAUCAGGGAUGUGCAAGGCAGGCUUUGGGGGUGACGAUGCCCCCCGGGCUGUGUUCCCCUCCAUGGUAGGGCGUCCCCGGCACCAGGGGGUUAUGGUAGGCAUGGGCCAGAAGGACUGCUAUGUGGGAGAUGAGGCCCAGAGCAAGAGAGGCAUCCUGACCCUAAAGUAUCCUAUUGAGCAUGGAGUAGUCACCAACUGGGACGAUAUGGAAAAGAUCUGGUACCACACCUUCUACAAUGAGCUCCGCGUGGCCCCAGAUGAGCAUCCCAUUCUUCUCACUGAGGCACCCCUCAACCCCAAGAUCAACCGGGAAAAGAUGACUCAGAUCAUGUUCGAGGCCUUCAACACACCUGCCAUGUAUGUGGCUAUCCAAGCCGUGCUGUCCCUCUAUGCCUCAGGACGGACCACAGGUAUCGUGAUGGAUUCUGGGGAUGGGGUGACUCACACUGUGCCCAUCUAUGAAGGUUAUGCCCUUCCCCAUGCCAUUCUACGUCUGGAUCUGGCAGGUAGAGACCUGACUGAUUUCCUCAUGAAGAUCCUGACAGAAAGAGGCUAUAACUUCACCACGACAGCCGAGCGGGAGAUUGUGCGGGAUGUCAAAGAGAAGCUGUGCUAUGUGGCCCUGGACUUUGAGCAGGAGAUGGUCAGUGCAGCUGCAUCCUCUUCGCUUGAAAGAAGCUAUGAGCUUCCUGAUGGGCAGGUGAUCACCAUUGGGAAUGAACGCUUUCGGUGCCCGGAAGCCAUUUUCCAGCCUUCCUUUCUGGGCAUUGAGUCCAGUGGGAUCCAUGAAACGACUUUCAACUCUAUCAUGAAAUGUGAUGUGGACAUCCGUAAGGAUCUCUAUGCCAACACUGUGCUGUCUGGAGGCAGCACAAUGUACCCAGGCAUUGCUGACAGGAUGCAGAAGGAAAUUGUAACCCUGGCACCCAGCACCAUGAAAAUCAAGAUCAUAGCUCCCCCAGAACGGAAGUAUUCUGUUUGGAUUGGGGGCUCCAUCCUGGCCAGCCUGUCCACAUUCCAGCAGAUGUGGAUCAGUAAGCAAGAAUAUGAUGAAGCUGGUCCUCCUAUUGUCCACAGGAAAUGCUUCUGAAUGAGACUGCAUGUCAAGAGAUUGACAUUUUCCCUUUUUCUAGGUCUUGUGAUGGUACGACUCUCGCCCACUAGAAUUAAGGUAAAUAGUCCACUCUUCCUAGUGUGUAGUCCAGCAAACCCAUCUCUCCAUCCAAGUAUCCUGGGCUCUGGUCUUGCUAACCACACCAUGAUCUCUAUCAGCUGAAGGAGAAUCCUGAUACCAUCUUCUAUUUUCUUCUUAUAGAGGGCUCAACAAAAGUUAAGCUUACUUAAAUGAAAUAAGUGACAAGGAGUAAAAUCAUGAGACAUGUCAUUUCAGAAUGGAUAGCUAGAAUUUUCAAGCUUUAAAAAUCUAGUUCUUGCUAAAAUACUCAACAACAGCAGACUUUUCAAAUCUGUGAAAAGCAUUUAUUAUUUAGUAACCAUGUCUUAUUAGCUAGGUAUUUUGGGGUUGUUUAUAUCUUUGUAUGGAUAUAAUGUAUAAUCAUAUAAAAAUAAUAUACAUGCCAAUAAUAUCCAUAUACACACAUGCACCAGGAAAAUAAAAUGUUACAUCUUUAAAGGUAUUACUAUAUCUGGCUUUCUGAACAGUGAAUGUGAAUUUCUUUACUACUUCAAUAGCUCUGAAUUUUAAUUGUUUCCCUUUUUAAGUAAGCAUAAUGAAACAACCAUCAUUUGAUUAAUGUUGUACAUAUAUCAACUAAUUUCCAGCUCAUGGUGGAGUUCUGCUGGUCAAACAUAUUUCAACAUCUUACUUAUUAAACCUCAUCAUGCUCGGAAACAGCAAACCCACAGAUAAUGCCUAAUUUUUGACACAGAGACACAAUGUCAUAUCAAAUUAAUGGUAUUCCUCUACAAUUUGGCAAGGAUAAUUUUAUUUCUAUUUCUUGGCAUAAUAAUAUGUCUUGAAUAAUUUCUAUUGGUCAUGAUUUGGGAUCUUUCUCUUAUGCAAGGAUUUCAUUGUGGAGAAAUACAGCUGUAUCAUCUUUGUAAGUACCAGGAUAGUAAUCCUAAGAGUAUUCUAAAAUUUUUAGAAUAACUCAGUUUUAUUACAUCUGGUGAUCAGCAAUACUUCUUUAUGCAAGUGCUUCUGAGAUACUAACAACUUGGAAAAGACCAGUGCAAUCUUCUUAUAAUGUCUAAAAUGUUUUAAUGAAUCCAGUUGUGAUUUAACAACCCAUUAAAGUCCCAGUGAAUUUAUUUUAAUAUGAUUUCUGAAUAUUAUCUGAAUAUCAGGGUAAUUUGUACUUUUCAGGUUUUUUCUAAAAAUUUAAACUAUUAUUGGGUUGAUUAUUAAUACAUUAUCAGAUUCUUGAGAGGAAGGAAUCUCUUCUAUUUUCCUCUUAGUUGGGAAACCUAUACUUCUGCUGUAAAUCCUAAAUUGAAGUCUUUAAGCAUUUUUUGUUCAAUAUGAAAUUUUUCAAAUUUAAUUUUUCCUUAUUUCCAUUAUUUGUUAAUAUAAUUCUUAAAUUGCAUUUGGCCAACAUUAAUCUUCAAAGGCACUUUAUUUUAUAAGUCUUGGGGUCUUCUUUUACUAAAUUAAAAUUGCUUCAUAGUUUUAUGUGUAGAUUUUCUGUAUUCCUCCUCAAUCCUUCCCAAAGACCUGGAGACAGAUCCAGAAAGGAUCGCUCUUUAUAUGUGUGAUCUAAUCAUCAUACAUUACAAUAUUGUAUUUGGUACAUUUGACCAUGUAAACAUUAAAAGACAAAUUUUUUAAAAUAUUAUUGAACAGAUAAGAUUAUAAAUUCCUCAAAAUCUCAAUUUAAAAGUUGAAGUUUAGUGGAUAAACUGGUGUUCAGGUAAUUAGUAGGCAGAGAUAAUGGCAACAAUAAUAGUUUGCACUCAUAUGCCAUAACUCUUUCCAUUUGCUGAGUGAGGAGUUCUCACAGUCAUCCUGACCUGCACUUUGAAUUACUAGAAAAAAACAAAUCUCUGCAUCCACAGAAAAUUUAUGGGACAGGUAAGAUGAACUUCUAAGAGAGUAAACUAUAGUACUCCACGAUAUUGGUGAAAAUAUGGACCCCAUAAUAAAAACAGAAGUUUAAACCUCAGGUCUUUAGAUGUUCUCCCAUUAAUCAACAUUGACUGACUGAUGGAUGAGUUUAAUGAGGAAACAGUCCAUCUUACAACCCUGUAUUUUAGAAUUAAUAUCAUAUACUUAAUACAGUUGACAUGUAAUUUACCAGGAACUCACUGGCUUGGUUCAUCAACCAAAUUGCUUAGAGAAUUUCAUACAAACACAGAUUCCCAUGUCCUAGGCUCAGAAAUUCUGAUUCAGUGGAUUUAGGGUGAGAACUAAGGGUUCAGAUGUGUAGCCAAUAAGAGGAAUUACAGCCUUAAAGAACAAAACCUAGCGUGGGUACACACAUCAAAGACAGGAAAAGAGUGUGGAAUUUUCCUCCUAAGAUGGUACAGCACUAAAACAACCUUCUCAGGUGUAUUCCAUACCAUUUUAAGUUAUUUUCAUUCUCCCUAAUAAGGUCUCUUGAGUAGCAAAGGCUAGCACUAUAUCACAAUCCCUCCAAAUUGCUAUUUCCCAAUCACAGGAAAUAUUUUUCUGAAUGCAUGCCUGAUCCAAAGACAAUUCCUACACACUUCUUCCCUAGCAUAUAAAUGUACUUAACUUUCAAUAGGAAAAUAAAGUAGUCCUUGGGACAGGCUGAAUUGUAUCCUAGAUACACUACUCAAAAUUCUGUAAUACAGAAGGGCCCAGAUAUGAGUAUUGCAUAUUUCCAGAUAAUGAGAUAAUCCUUACAACGUUUAUGAUAAGAAUCUUCCCAUAUAUAUUCACUAAUUUCACAACUAAAAGUUCAAUUAUUUAUGCCACAAUACACAAUAGAAGUGCUUUAAGGAUGUUUAGGAACUUAAAAUCCAGUAGUAGGGAAAACUGUGUGUGGUGGAAAGCAGUAUAAUCUAAGAGCAGCUCACAGACUACAUACAACCCAAGGUAAUAUGGUCAUUCAUAUAAGAACACCUUAAGACCAUGGAGAUCAAAGAAGGGUUCAAAGUAGGUCACAUCACUAAGUUAAGUCUUAAGGUAUACACGAGUCGCAUUGAACACAGAAACCUAGAUGGCUUAUAUACCAAUUAUGAUCACUUUUUAUUGAGGCUAGUAAGAUUAUUAAUUAUUACUUUAAAUAUUUCCAUUGAACUCUACCAGAAAUUGUAAGAAGUAUGUAAGCUUCAAGGCUAAAUUCAAGUGUUGCUUCUUACAUGGAACCUUUUCUAGUCUUCCUUCCUCCACUCCCUGCCUAAGUAAAAGUGACUCCUUUUUUGUGCUCCUACUAUGUUGUUUACAUGCAUACAGAACAUCACAAACACAUCACAUACUUAUGCCCAUACUCCCAUACACACCACCAAAGAGCACCUGGAGCAUAGAGACAGAGAUGUAUUUAUUCAUCUUUGAAUCUUUCAGGAUUUUUCUAGGGCAAGCACAUAGUAUUAGCUCAAUAAACACAUUUUAAUUAAUAAUAUAGUGAAUUUGGGGGUUUAUGAAUAUUGCAGUUCUACAUUGUGUAUUUCUUACCACUCUUUUCUCAGCUCCUGUCUAUCAGCACCUGCCUCUUCUGUUGGUAUUGUCUUUCCUCUGACGUAUGUUUUCUCUUUUUCUUCCUUCCUGUUUCUCUUUUCCCAUUUGCUACUCCCAUACUUCUCAACAUAUAGAACUAGACUAUAUAGAAUAUAGACUAUACCCCCCAGGUAUCGUCUUCUGCUUAUCCAUAGAAUUUUUUCAUUCUUCUGAUUGGUCAAAGAAUCAAUCAAUCUCAUCCUUUGGAGUACAUGUUAUAUGGCUGCUGAAAGUUUAGAAAGUAGGGGGAGAAAAGAAGGAAGGAAGGAAACCUUUCACUAAGUACAAUUGUAGAUUUAGGUCUUCUAAUCUAUUUGCAUUCUUGCUAAUAAUUUUUUUCAAAGUUCCCAAUUGCCCUAGAGUUGAAAGUUUUGAGAAUCAGACUCAGUAAUAACUCAGACUUUAUGAUAUAUUGAAAAAAUGUAUUUUUCUAGUAACUGCAGCCUCCCUUGAAUUUACAAAAUAUUCCUUCCAAAAACAAUGUUUAAAACUAAGAACUAAGCAUGUGGUUUACUCAAUACUGCUUCCAGAUAUUGAUAAGUACAGCUAGAAAGUCUUUAGGGAUAUGGAUACAGAUUUACUAAAAUUGAUACUUUAAGAUUUCCUUUCAAAAUAUGAAAGGAACUGUAUGAAUUAUACCUGUCAUUUUUCAAAGCUGAAAAGAUAAGUAAUCUUAUCUAGAGUUUCCUUGAGUAUCCCACCUUGUUUGUCAGCUGAUUCCAAAUCUGCUGUCCUAACCACCUUAUAAUUUAGUUUCUGUUAAAUGUACUAAAUAGAUGUGCCAGUAUGACAUGAUGACAGAUGUUUUAUCUAAACACUGAACAUUGUUUUAAAAUUUUAAAAUCUUAUUUAAUUGGCUAUUUGACAAUACAGGAGUUAAAAGCCAACUUACUUUCUCUGGAAUUAAGAAUGUGGCAUUUGUAAAAAAAAAAAAAAAAAGAAGAAGUGGGUCACAUUA